AUGAACAGACGUCGAUGCUGGUCGGGAGAAUCAGGGCUCGCCUCCACGCCUCAGUUGCUUGCAACCCCGCACCAAGCGUUCGGUUCGCCUUCCCGUCUUCCCCUCACCAUCCAGUUCCUCUAUCUCGUGUCUCGGAAGGAGGGAGGUGGAGCAGCAGCAGCAGCAGCAGCAGCAGCAGCAGGACCGCCCGUGCUCGUCAGCGGGAGGAACGUGAGCACCCACGGCACACAGCCGUCCGUAUCGUAUGCUCGCACGACGGAUCCGUCUGUUAGAGAGGCGGUGGCGCGUGCUUAUAGCGAGGUUGCUGGUACGUACGCCAGCUCGCUGCAUUUCGGCGGAAGUGCAGCGAGCGAGGGAUCAGAAGAUGAGGUGGCUCAGGAGGUGAGGGGACACGUGGCGGCGGAUUGCGACGAACACGAGGUAGAGCAACGCAAAAGACACGUGUCUAAAGAAGGCGAAGGACACGUGGCUGGGGGUGGGAAAGGACACGUAGCAGCAGCUGACUUGAUCACGAGUGACAAGGGUGCGCUGGGCGUGAGUGGGAGGAGCAAGGCGGUGAGGAAACCAAAGGAGCGGGUGGGGCCGGAAGUGGAGGAGUCGAAGCGGCGAAUUCUCGCGGCGUUCCUGAGAGACAUGGACGGCGCCGACAAGCCUGCCGGCCACGCGGCGAGCCCCGUGCAGGUUAAUCGGCCGGAAGAAGAGAGGCCGUCGGGGGAGAUGCAGAGUGGUGAUGUUGAUGAUGAAGGCAAGGAGAGUGGGGAGGCUGUGGGCGGUGAUGAGAUGAUGCAGGGCGGGAGAGCGGCGAGGGGUGUAGUUGACUGUGACCCUUGUGACAGUGUCGAUGAGCACUGUAACGGGGACGAGGACGGCGAGCUCGCCGGCGGCGAGGAGCACUUGGAUGACAGCGAGGAGUAUAAUAGCGAGGAUGAGUUGCACAGUGAUGGGGACGAGGCGGCGGAUAAGAGCGACGCGCCCGUGGACCUCGAGUCGCUCGUGGCCAUGAGCGGGCGCUCGCACCUCACCGGCAUGGCGGGCGCGCGAGCUGGGAAGACGAACCGGGAGUACGAACAGGACGAGACUGCGCUUCAAGCCGACGCUACCGGAGAUGCUGUUGCCGCUGAUUCUCUCGCAGAAGCUACCUCUGCUGCCAUUCGAACCGAGUCGCUCGCCGCGAAGGCGCACAGCGCCAAGGCGGAAGGGCGUGCGGACGCGAACGCGCAGGGCGGCGCUCCCCUGUCCACUCCGCCGUCUGGCGUCCCCCCCGCCGCCUCGUCGUCCCCGUCUGGUUCCUCGAGCGACUCGCUCGCGCACUCCACGGCCGCCGAUUCCAUCGCCAUGAUCGCCUCGAGCUCGUCCGGCGACGAUUCCGGCGACUCCCCCACCAGCGACACUCGCACGAGCGAUUCCCGUUCCAGCGUCAUUCCCGCCGUAGGCAGCACCCGCCGCCUGAAUCCCGCUGAGCUGGCGAAAAGCGAUUCUGCCGCUGCGGACGGUGGGGCGAUGGGCGGGGGAAUGUAUUCGGGGGGCGCAGGGGAAGUAGGGGAAGCGGACGGCGCGGAGAGGGGCUUGGGGGGAGAUGAGCUGGAUUCUGGGAAGCUGGAUGUUGAUGUGAGCGGUGCUGACGUGGCGGAUCCUGCGGAGAUUGCGGAAAGUCAUGACGAGGGUGGCAGCGGGAGAAGGAGCAGGAAGCGGUGGGGCGAUUACGUCCCCGUGGGGAAUGAGGGAGGGGGGCGCACGAUGUGGGGCGGGGGUGGCGCGGCGGAAGGAACGGAGAUGGAGGGGAGUGCGGGCGGGGGAAGCUUGCGCUUGAGAUGGCUGGUACUGGAGGAGGAAGAGGGAGAGGAGGGGGCAGAGGAGGACGAGGAGGAAGAGGAGGAGAAGCGAGAGGAGGAAUGGGGAGGCGAGGGGGAUGAGGGGCGUGAUUCGGAAGAGAUGUGCGGCGGGAAGGCGGAUGGGAGUGAGGAGGGAAGGGAGUUGGAAGGGGAGUUUGAACCGCAUGCAUCCCUGCUCCAUGCUCCCACCGCCUUGCCUGUCCCCUCCACACCUCCGCCCUCCGUUCUCUCGCCCUCCGUCCCCUCGCCCUCACCGGCCCUCUCACACGAAACCCUGCAAGAAACGCCCCAACCCACUCCGCAGCACCACGCACUACCGGAAUCUCCCCAGUUUGUCAUGCAACAGCCAAACGAUGCCGCCUCAUUCAGGCAGACGGGCGGGCAGCAGCAGCAGCAGCAGGGCGGCAUGGUGAUGGCGGAGUGGGCGCAGCAGCACGAGUACCACCACCUGCAGCCGCCCAUGCAGCUGCCCGCCGUGCCCUCCCUGCACAGUAACCUCUCCUCCAUCAAGCGCCGCCUCUCCCCGCGCAUUCGCAAGCCCACGCGUUUCCUCACCGCCUCCCGCCCCCUCACUCCUCCGCCUUCUAACAGUGGUGCCGCUGCUGCUGCUGCUGCUCCUGCUGCUCCAGUUGCUGGAGCUGGCGCUGGUUUGUGCAUCGCUGCUGGUGCUCCAUUUGCUGUUGUUGCUGCAGGUGCUUCUUCUGCCGGUGCUGCUCUUGGCCACCCUCCUUUUUCUGCUGCUGCUGCUGCCAAUGCAGGUGGUGGUGGUGGUGGUGGGGGAGUCAUGUCAGACUGCAACAGGGCUGUUGAGGAUAAAAUCCAACACACUAUGUCACUGGCACCACCAACAGCGCAGCUCAUGGGGUCAUCAUCGCCGUCUGCCCCACAAGCCGCCACCACAGCUCUCUCAAACUCCAUCACUCGCUCACCCGCGUGCUCCAGCCAAGAGACGGCGCCUGCCAGCGCCACCCAUGUGAUCGAUCUCGAGGAGUGCUGCCAGUCAGGUGAAUCUCGGCCGUCGGAUGAAUCCGGGCCGUCGACUGACUCGAUGUGGUCAGCUGAAUCCAGAGCGUCAGCUGGAUCUGAAUUGUCAGCUGAAUCUAGGCCGUCAGCUGAAGAUGAAACUUUCGUUAAAACUGAUCCUUCAAUCAAAACUACGGCGUCAGCUGAAUCUCGCCCGUCAGCCGAAUCUGGACCGGCAGUGAAAUCUGGGCCGUCAGAGGAGGUACCAGCGACCGAGAGGAAUGUGAUGGACGGAGGAGAUAGCAGUCUCUCGGGUGCUGCUGGUGUGGCUGCACACAAACGUGACUAUAACGAGCGGUACAGUACUACGGUGGCCGGUGCAGAGAGCAGGAGUGAUGUUGAGAGCAAAAAACGAGAGCUGAGCAAGGGGUUUGGGAUUGAGGGUGUGGAUGCGGAGGAAGGAACGCUCGACCGGGAGUGGCUCGACGCAGUGGGCGUUAGAGAGACAGGUGGGAGCAGUGAAGGAGAGAGGAGCAAGGGGUGUGAGAUGGUGGGGAGGGAGAGGGAAGAGGGAAAGUUCGACCGUGCAUGGCUCGACGCAUUGGGGUUUAGCGAGACAGGUGGAGGGAGGGCUGGAGAGUGGGAAGAGGGAAGGCAGGAGGGAGGGGAGGAGAGGGAAAAGGAGGAAUGGAUGGAGGUAGAAGAGGAGGAAGGGGAGCUUUUCUCUGUAUAUGGCAGUGGUACGAGGCAGCAUCCCUCCAAUGAGGAGGAUAGGAAUGGGAAUGAGGAUGGGAAUGAGGAUGGGAAUGGGGAUGCGGAUGGGAAUGGGGAUGGGAAUGGGAAUGGGGAUGGGGACAGAAGCGAGGAUGGGCAUGAGGAUGAGAACGAGGAUGAGAACGAGGAUGAGAGUAAGGAUGAGGCGGAGCGUGUGUUUAUUGAGAUGGUGGAAGGGGAGGGAGUGGCGGCUGGACGAGAAUGGGACAGGGCGAAGGGAGCAGGGGAGAGGGAGGAGGAGAGUGGAAGCGAUGAUGUUAGCGCUGGUGCGCGUGGCACUGCGUUCUCUUCUCAGCCACUCGCAAUUCCCCCCCACGCGCUCCACUCAACGCCAGCUGCCAUUUCCUCCUUCUGCACGUCCCUCCUCUCCCCUCCGCGCCCUCUCCCCUCCGCCGUCCCUAGCCGUGGCGCGGGAGGGAAACCAACAGCAGCUGGAGCAGCAGAUGAGGCUACGUCUGCUGGAGCUGCAGCUGGCAAGAGCAGAAAGGCGGAGGUUGAGGAGAGGCAGGAGGAGGUUGAGCAGGCGGCUGGUGGGAGAGACUGCGAGACCUGGCCGCAGGAAGGCGUUGCCUUUGCUCCUGGUGGCCAGGGCGGGUGCUCUGGGGAAAGGUUGACAGCGAGCUGUGCGAGUAGCGGAGGCGAGGAUGGUGGGAGAGAGGGCGUUGAAGAUGAGGGUGCAGAGGGGAGCGAGGUGAGCAGCGGUGCAGAGGGGUGGAAGUUGGAAGCAGGCGGGGAUGAGAAGGGGGAGAGACGCGAGAGGGAGGAGAGUGGAAGUUCUAAGAGUGAGGAGAGACAAAUUGGGGAAGAGGAGGGUAAAGCAUCAGAAUGUGAAGACGAUGCACUAGUCAUGGAUGGAAGCGCAGAUGAGAAGGGAGUGACUGCAUUCGAGGAAGAAGAGGCAAAAGACAAGGAGGAUGUUGAGGGGGUGGAGGAUGAGGAGGAGGAAGUGAGAAGCGGAGGUGCAAGCGGGGACGAGCCAGCGAGUUCGGACGAGGUGACAGAGGAGUGCGAGGGCGCGCAGGAGGAGUGCUCCAGCGACGCAGAGGCUGCGCGUGAGGUUGCACUGCAGGGUUCACAGGAGUCGAGUGAGGGAGUCGAAGAAGCAUCUGCGGAGGAGGCAGCAGCAGCAGCGCGCGCAUGGGGAGCCGCCUUUGGGGUUGACCUCGCAAGUCAGGAGCACGAGGAAUGGAAGGGGAGGAGGCAGGGAGAGGACGUGUUUGAGGAGAUUAGCGCCUGGGGUACUGCCUCUGGGGUUGUGGGCUUUGCCGCAGCAGGUGAAAUCAACCCCUUCCGCCCCCCUGUGCGCCGCCUGGUUCCCUCUGCCUCCUCCCCUGCCCUCCUACUAACCUCCCUUCUAAUCAACCGCCCAGCCUCCCCCUCCUCCUUCCCCAUCCGUCCUCCUUCCCCCAACGACCCCACUCGCCCGGCCGCUCCUGGCCCCUACUCCUCCCACCCCUCCUCCCCCACUGCUUUCUCCGCCCAUCAUAGCCGCCCAUCUUCCCCCAGCUCCGCCCAUCACAGCCGCCCGUCUUCCCCCACCUCCGCGCAUGCCAGCCGCCCGUCGUCCCCCACCAUUCCCCUGCCCGACCGCCCAUGGCUGAAAAGCUCUCUCCGCCGCAGCCUAGAGCGCGCCCAAGCCGCCCAGCUUGCAGCCGCCGCCCUGGCAGCCGUUGAGAGGGCGGAUGCUGGUGCGGCGGGGGAAGGGGCGGAGGGUGUGGCUGUGGGGGAGGGGGUGGAUGGAGAUGGAAUGGGGAGCGCGGAUGGCAUGGGUAUUAGAAGUCGUGGGGAAGGAGGAGUGGAUGUGGAGAGGCGAGAGCAGGAGGAGAAGCAGGAGAAGCAGGGGGAGGAGAAUCAAGAGGAGGAAAAGCAGGAGGAGAAGCAGGAGAAGCAGGGGGAGGAGAAUCAAGAGGAGGAGAAGCAGGAGGAGAAGCAGGAGAAUGAUAAGCAGGAGAAUGAUAAGCAGGAGAAUGAUAAGCAGGGGGGAGAGGGAAGAAACGAUGUGGUGAGUGAGUGCAACCUUGAUGCUGACACACGCUCAGACCCUUCAGUACAAGAGGAGUGCGGUGGCACGUCUGCCUCUACCGACAUGUUCCACUCCACGCAAAAAGCCAGCCAGAGCACCGGUGCUGCUACUGCCAGUGCCAGCGCUGGUGCUGGUGCUGCCAUCGCUGCUACUGGUGUUGUAUCUGGCACCCCUGUUGCUUAUCUGGUCCCUGUGGAAGAAUCUGCAGCUGUAGAGGCUGCUGAAAGCACAGCUGCUGCUGCUGCUAAUCCUAUCGUUGCCAACAACCCCAUGGCUCAUCCCAUUAAGGGAAACGCGAUGGGUACCACUGGCGUGGCAGCAGGUGGCAGCGUGGCAGGGCAGCACUGGCAUGUGAGCAGUGUGGUCGGGACCGCGAUGGGGAGUAGAGGAGCUCGUGUGGAGGGCAGGGACAGCCGUGUCAACAGCAGGGCCAACCACGUGGAGAACAAACCCGCCCACGUGGGUGCUCAGUCUCACCCUCAGCGCACCCCUCCCACUCCCCCAGGUGCCCCUGCAGGUGCCCCCCCAGGUGCUCCCGCAGGGGGCCCAUCAGGUAGCCCCACAGGCAUAGCCAAUGUGCACGCUGCACAGGCGCACCCAGGUGUGAGGGAGAGGCAGAGCCCACUUGCUGCGCCAGUUCCUGCCAUGCCUCGUCUGCCAUUCAAGCUCUCCACGAGAAAGGGAUUGGGCUCUGCAGCUCAGAAUGCCACACCUCCUGCUGUUGCUGCUGCUGCCUCUGCUCCUCCUGCUGCCUCUGCUGCUCCUCCUGCUGCCCCUGCUGCUGCUGCUGCUGCUACCCCUCGUGCUCCUGCUGCUGUUCCGGUGGCACAGCAGAAGGCACAGCGCGGCACCACAGGCAUGGGUGGUACCGCAAGGGCAGUGGGAAGGACAUGUGCAGUGACAGGAACAGCAACGAGGAGAAGUGUGAGCGGGACAAAGGGUGGGGUAGGAACGGGAGGUAUGGUAGAGAUGGGAGAUGGCGUGGGAGCAGGAGGAGGGGGCGUGCAGGGGGGGGCAGCGGGGGAGGUGGAGGAGAGCUGUGGCUCGUGCAGCAUGGCGGUGAGCAACAGUGUGAGGCACAGCCCGGGGGCGAGGCCCCACCCCAGUGCGAGGAAGCCUGACAGUGUGGCACAGAAGAGCCCAGCAGCAGGGCAGAGAAUGGGGUGGAAGAGGCAAGAAGGUCAGGCCACGGCAGUGGGAAGGUCUGUAGCUGCAUCCGCUGCAAAGCGUGGUGGUUCUGCUUCAGCUUCUGCGUCUGCCUCUGCUGCCGCCUCUGCUUCGGCCUCUGCAGUAGCAGCAGCUGCUGCCGGUGCUGGAGGUGUGAAGCGAGUGUCAACUGUUGGAGUGAAGGGGGCUGGAGGGGCAGCAGCAGCGGGGGCAGCAGUGGCGGGGGGGUCUAAUGGAGCGGAAUCGGCUGUGGGUGGGUCAGAGACUGGCGAGGAAUGGAGCAGCUCCGGUAGCAGCUUCGGGAAGGGAGGGGCGGGCGGAGCGGGAGGAAGAGGAGUAGGUGCAGCAGGGAGCAGGCAGACGGCUCCAGAGAAACAGCAGCAACAGCAGGGUUCAGUGUCUGCCUUGCAUCAAUCACAGAACUCUGCAAUGGUGCAGCAGCAGCAGUUUCUGCAGACACUGGCGUUCGGGCCAGAGUGGGUAGCAAGGAGGCGGGAGAAGGAAGAGCAGAUGCAGCAGCAGAAGCUCGCAGCGGAGAGCAAAGGGCAGGUGGCAGGGGGUGGUGGCAGUAACGUGCAUCAGCCGUUCAGCCGGCCGUUGUUUGGCGAGAGGAACGUGAGCCCGCUGAGAAUGGCAGCGCCGGUGGCUCAAGGUGAUGCCAGGACACAACCACAGCAGCAGCAGCAGCAUGGGGUGGGUUCUGCAGGGAAAUUUGAGAGAAAUUUGUUUCAUCAGACAAACCCCAAUGGCUUCCCUGCACCUUCUCCUGCUGCUGCUGCUCCUCCUCUUGCUGCUACUGCCUCCAGAUACUCCUCUGGGUCUGCUGACGCAUCACCCCGCCAUCCGCCCCCCUCCAACCCCUUCCUCCACUCACUCGCCCCCAGUAGCGCUGCCACCAGCACCUCCACCCCGCCUCUCUCCCCACGCGCACCUCCAGGCACCUCUGCCAACCAUGCUCUCCCUCCUCUCAGGUCCAACCCCACGUCUCCCCGUGUCUCAGCUGUGGGUGGUGCUGCCGCGUCUCUCUCCCCGCCGCCCUCCCCGCGCUCAUUCCACGUGCUGCAGUUCGCCAUGGGGGGCUCUCCCAAUGCCAGCCCCAUGCACCCCCUGGCGUCCUCGCUCUCUGGUGCUGCUCACAGCCCCACUGUGGGACCCUCUCCCGCUGCACCCCGCAGCCCCACUGUGGGCCCCUCCUGUCUUGCGCCGCGCAGCCCUGCCCAUCCGCAUGGUGGCAUGGCUCCAUGUCCGCCCACCCCUCAACAUCCGACACAACAAGCGGUGAUGCAUGGAGGAUUGCAUCCAUUUCAUCCUUCCAGUAUGCAUGGUGGCGUGUCGCUUUCUCCUUCCACACCUCCCCACCCGACACAGCAAGGAAUGGUGCACGCAAUGCGGGGCAGCACGAAUCAAACUGUUGUGACAGGCAAUAUGCAGCAGCCUGGUUACCAUGCACAGCAGUACGUGCAGCCUGUGCCACUUCACCAGCAGCAACAGCAGCAACUGCAGCAGCAGCAGCAGCAGCAGCAGAGCCCAUACCGCAAUCGGCCAUGGCUCCAGCAGGAGAAUCGGCAGCCAUUCAUUGCAGGGCCCAGCCCCAGUCCACCCCGAUCGCCUUCCCCACAUGCCAUGGCUGCCAUGCCCUUCGUCUCGGGACCCAGCCGCAGCCCUGCAUGCACGCCUGUCGCCAGCCACACUCCACCAGCAGCAGCAGGACCAUUCGUCCCUGCUGCCUACCACACUCCACAAGCACCAGCAGGGUUGCUCGCCCCUGCCCCUGCUGGCUACAUUGGCAGCCCAAAUCGCUGCGUUUCCCCCGUCCCCUUCUGUCCCUCGGGCAGCCCAAGGCAUGCUGCUCCCAUGUCCCCCAAUGCUGCUGGCUCUGCCAGCCCUGCCGGCGCUGGCACGCCUGACAAAGCUACCACUUCGUCGCGCUAUGCCUCCCCGCUGCCGGCUCGAGGGCCGGGGAGUGAUGCAGUGGGAGCGGGGUCAGGAGCAGGGGUUGCAGCAGUGAGGGGAGGAGUGGGUGUAGUGGGUGGCACAGGGGCAGGAGGACCAGCAGGGAGUGUGGGAGGGAGUGGGGGAGGUGGUAAGGCAGUGGCAGCACAGGCAGGGGUUGGAGGAGUGCUGACAUCAUCAUCAGCCAUGAAUGCACGACAGGGACUCGUCGGAGGGCCAAUUGCUCCAGCAGGUGUGCCUGGUACUGGUGCAGUGCCGUGCUUGGGCCCUUCUCCUAUCAGCGGUCAGGACUACCAGUGGGUGCCGCUUUUCCUGUUUUAUCGUGCGCCAGGCGGAGCGGGGUUCGUGGGGAGUCAUCUGGUGGACAGGCUGAUGGAGUGCGGCGAUCACAUGAUCGUGGUAGCCAAUCUCUUAUCCCCUUUCUGUCCACUGCUCUCUGUUCCACCUUUCUCUCCUCCACGCCUCGCCAGGCGGAGCAGGGUUCGUGGGAAGUCAUCUGGUGGACAGGCUGAUGGAGCGCGCCGACCACGUGAUAGUGGUGGACAAUUUCUUAUCCCCCUCGUUCCCUGCCCAUUCCAUCUCAGGCGGGGCUGGCUUUGUGGGCAGCCACCUGGUGGACCGGCUGAUGGAGCGCGGCGACCACGUGAUAGUGGUGGACAAUCUCUUUUCCUCCUCUCUCCCCUGCCCCCUGUCACUAAUUUCCACCGCUCUCCACCCCACCAAACCCAUCUCACCCACACGCCAGGCAGAGCGGGAUUCGUGGGGUCGCAUCUGGUGGACAGGCUGAUGAAGCGGGGCGACCAUGUGAUAGUGGUGGACAAUUUCUUAUCCCCCUUGUUCCCUGCCCAUUCCAUCUCAGGCGGGGCUGGCUUUGUGGGCAGCCACCUGGUGGACCGGCUGAUGGAGCGCGGCGACCACGUGAUCGUGGUGGACAACUUCUUCACGGGGCGCAAGGAGAACGUGCAGCACCACUUCGGCAACCCGCGCUUCGAGCUCAUCCGCCAUGACGUGGUGGAAGGGCUGCUGCUCGAGGUCGACCAGAUCUACCACCUUGCCUGCCCCGCCUCGCCUGUUCAUUAUAAGCACAACCCCAUUAAGACGAUCAAGACGAAUGUGGCGGGGACGAUGAAUAUGCUGGGGCUGGCGAAGCGAGUGGGGGCGAGGUUCCUGCUGACGAGCACCAGCGAGGUGUAUGGGGAUCCGCUGGAGCACCCACAGACAGAGGAGUACUGGGGCAAUGUGAAUCCCAUCGGGGUGCGCAGCUGCUACGACGAGGGCAAGCGCGUGGCGGAGACAUUGACAAUGGACUACCACCGCGGCGCGGGCGUGGAUGUGCGCAUUGCUCGCAUCUUCAACACGUACGGCCCGCGCAUGUGCAUUGAUGAUGGCCGCGUUGUCAGCAACUUUGUUGCACAGGCCCUGCGCAAGGAGGCGAUGACGGUGUAUGGCGAUGGGAAGCAGACGCGCUCCUUCCAGUACAUUGACGAUCUGGUGGAGGGGCUCAUGAGGCUCAUGGAUGGAGAGCACGUGGGGCCGUUUAACCUUGGGAACCCGGGAGAAUUCACGAUGCUGGAACUCGCUGAGGUGAGCGCAUGGUUCCCCUCAAGCAGAGGGGCUCAUGCGAGUCAACGCUCUAUCUAUGUGAGUCGACGCCUCAUGGAGGAGGAGCAUUUGGGGCCCUUUAACCUCGAAACUCCUGGGGAAUUCACCAUGCGUGAGUUGGCCGAGGUAGUGCGUGAGGUGAUAGACAAGACGGCAGGCAUUGCCGUUCAGGAGAUUUCAGCCGUGGUGCGGGAGGUGAUAGACAAGUCAGCCAGCAUAGCUUUUCAGGAGAACACGGCGGACGAUCCGCACAAGCGCAAGCCCGACAUCACACGAGCCAAGGAGCUGCUGGGGUGGGAGCCCAAGGUGGCUCUGCGCCAGGGCCUGCCCCUCAUGGUCGAGGAUUUCCGGCGCCGGCUGUUUGGAGAUGUGAAGGAGAGCCGGCAGAGCAUUGCUGCUCAGGAGGAGGCGAAAUGA